ACAGCAUGUCGACCCCUAAAGUGGCAUUACUGCUCGAUUAGCUACAAUAUUACCAACAAUACAGCAGGAUCAAGCUCAAAUAAUCGUCGCUACCGGGAGCGAAACGGCUGUAACGACCCUCUCACCAUGAUCACAUUCUACAUGCUGCAGGACAAAAGGGCAUUACAGCGAGUACGUCAGGAGCUCUCAAUCGUCCCAAUCCAGCCCACUGAAGAGAAAAGCCUUCUAAGUCAGCUCGGGCGACUUCCAUACCUGAACGCCGUGAUCAGCAAAGUCCUCCACCUCAUGCGUGGAGUGACGACUCGGCUCCCGUGGUUGGCACACAAAUUCAUCAAGUAUAACGAAUGGAUUAUCCCCUCGAAAACCCCGCUUAGCCAAGCGAACAAGUUCGUCCAUACAGACCCACGAGCCCAACACCACCCCUCAAGAAAUAAAAGAGAACGAAAAGGUGAACUGGCAUGUAAUAUUGCAUCUACAGCCUUGCAUAUGAAGAGUUAUUCUUGAUAAUAUAAAGUAAAACACCAAGGGCUCCUCCUGCUCGAGUUUAUCCUCACGGACAAACCCAUGUGUCCUGUGGCUAAAGAUAUCGUUACGGGCCUACUUGAUCGCUGUGAGAAUAGCUAAGUCCAUCGAACACACUGUGAUGAGUAGAAACUGGACACGGAUUCCUGGAUGUUGUGAUCGUCCUGAACGACGAUAAGCUUCUCCCGAUA